AUGGCUCCUAAGGGGUCGGGGACUGCAAAAAAUGCAAAGAAGCAAAAGGGUUCCCCUUCGGGUUCGGAGGACCUUGGUCAUACCUCUAUGGUGCCAUACUCCCCUGAAAUUCCAGGUGUGAUUGCUUCCACCCUAGGGGGGUUGGAGCAGAGACUAACAGCUUUAAUUGCUGCUUCUCUGCCUGAUAGGAAGCGGGCUAGAUCUCCAUCUCCCAGGAGCCAGUCCCUGGGCCCAAUGAAUUUCCCUACAGAAGGAGAUUUUUUGGAGGAUCAGGCUGAUGAGGAACUGGAGAGGUCUGACUCAGAAGAGUCAACUAUUGAGGAACCUUUUUCUGCAUCCCAGGCUGAAAAGCUUUGGAUUCAGUCUUUGACAGAUAUGGUUCGCUCGGCAUUCAAAUUACCUCUUCCAGAGCCGGCGGUUAAUGCGGUGUCCUCUUUGGGUUCCUCAAAGGCUCCACAGUCGGGGUUUAUCUUUCCAGUUCAUCCUCUACUAGAGGACCUGAUUUAUCAGGACUGGGAUUCGGGCAGAAAACAAGCCGGUGAUUCUGGUAACCCACGCCUGGCCCCGCAGGACAUGGUUCACCCUCAUUGUAAGGAUGGCGAUAGGAGAACCUUGGACGCUCCCGCUCCGGCCAGACCUACUUUCACAGGGUCCGAUCUUCCACCCUUUUUUACGGUCGCUAAAUUUGAUGGCCUGGCGAUUGAAUCUUAUAUCCUGAGCCUGAGAAUUAUCCAUAAGACGGAACACCGAGAGAGACCUCUGCCGGAGCAUGGAGGUCCAUGGAACACGGAGAAUGAGACAUUCCGUGUUAUAACACCGAUCAUCGUAUUCCCAGGACGAAUGAUGGUGUAUCCCGAGAAUUGCACAGCCAUCACUGAAAUUCAACUCACCGCAUUUACAGCUUUUGAAGGUUUCAGGAUCCCGAUGUUUGUUUUGUUUCUGAUCAUUUACAUUUUAAUUUGCUCGGAAAAUGUAUUGAUCGUCUAUAUUAUUUUUAGUAGCGCUAAUCUCAAGGCGCUGAUGUUUUUCAUAAUUCAGAGCAUGUGCAUUUAUGAUCUGAUAAGCAUCACAAAUAUUAUUCCAAAAUUCCUAAAUGACGUUCUUCAUGAAAGACCAACCUUCACUGUCGCUGGUUGCAUUUUACAAUCACAGAUGUUUGCUACUACAGGAGAUGUUGGGUGCUUUCACUAUGUUUUAAUGUCUUAUGACCGAUACUUGGCUGUAUGUCAUCCAUUACGCUAUUUCUCCUUUGUGAACAAUAGAAUCUAUUUUUGGGCGGUCAUUGCAUCUUGGAUUAUUUCGGCCUCAUUUACAAGUGUAAUAUCUGGUUUACUGAGCCAGUUACAAUAUUGUGGCCACAACACCAUUCAUAAUUUCUUCUGUGAUCCUUCUCCAUUGAUGGACCUGGCCAUCUCCGAUACAACGCACAUCCGAUUCUUUAUUGCUGUGAUAAGCUUCUUCAUGUUAUUGGUCACAUCUUUGUCUGUUUUUGUAACGUAUGUGUUUAUAAUUCAAACAGUUCUUAAAAUUCCCUCAUCCACCGGGAGGAAGAAGACCUUCUCUACAUGUAGCUCCCACCUCAUUGUGUUCUCCAUGCAGUCCGGUCUCUCUCUUGGUGUCUAUGCGUUGCCAGCCAAAGUAGUAACACAGCAGUUCAGCAACACUUUCACAUUCAUAUUCUUUUUCUGGACCCCCUUAGUGAACCCGCUGAUCUAUACAUUCAACAAUAAAGAGUUCCGUGCAGAAUGCCUUAAAAAGAUUAGGUCAGUGAAUAAGAAAUUUUGACAUUUCUCUUUGAACCAAGCAGAUCUGUUUUUUUU